AUGAAGGAACAGUAUCCGUAUCUGCGUGGCCUACCCAUCGAGUCAUACGAAGACGCCCGACCACGAAUUCUGAUCGGCCUGAAGCACGCAAACGUUAGUCUCGUACUGCGGAGCCGAGAAGGAAAGCAGGAACAACCAAUUGCCAUCAAGACGCGAUUGGGGUGGACCGUGUGUGGUGGAAGCGACGGCGAAAAUGCGCCGAACAUGGUACACUACUCGUUUCACGUGGGGUCACGUGACGACCAUUCGGACGAAGAUCUGCACCAAGCCAUGAAGGAAUAUUUCACCCUCGACAGUCUUGGUGUGAUGAAAUCGAGUGAAGCGCUGCUGUCCUCCGAGGAUCAACGAAGCUGUAGAAUGCUGGAAUCGCUAACCAGUCUCAAAGGUGACCGGUACGAAACAGGAUUACUUUGGCGUUACGACGACAUCCGUCUACCCGACAGUCGGCCAAUGGCAUUACGCCGGCAUAGCUUGCUGGAGAAGCGCAUGAGGAAGGAUCCCGAUCUGGCCAAAGCCCUGAACCAGAAAAUUGCAGAAUAUCUUUCGAAAGGAUACAUACGACAGCUGACCAAGGAAGAAGAAGAUCGACCUGUUUCACGUGCCUGGUACCUACCGGUAUUUCCGGUGUUUAAUCCGAACAAGCCCGGGAAAGUGCGAAUAGUGUGGGAUGCAGCUGCAAAGAUCUUCGGAGUAUCACUGAAUUCCGCUCUGAUGAAGGGCCCUGACCAAUUGUGCUCGCUCUGCUUCAUUCUCCUGCAAUUUCGAGAACACUCGAUAGGGCUAACCGGUGAUUUACGCGAGAUGUUCCACCAGGUGAAGAUCCGGGAACAGGAUUGGCCAUGUCAACGGUUCUUUUGGACAGACGAAUCUGGGAAAGUCGUCGUGUUCGAAAUGUGCGUCAUGACCUUCGGUGCGUGCUGCUCACCCAGCAGCGCACAGUUCGUUAAGAAUCUGAAUGCGGAGCGGUUUGUUGGGAAGUAUCCACAAGCAGUCGACGCCAUCAUCAAACGGCACUACGUGGAUGACAUGCUGGUGAGUGUAAGCACGGAAAAGGAAGCUGUUCAUUUAGCCAACCAAGUCAAGUACGUCCACUCCCAAGGCGGAUUCGAGAUCCGCAACUGGAUAUGUAAUUCCCCUGCGGUUCUGAAGUCACUGGGAGAAGAUGACGCGAAGGUAAAGAAUCUGGACCUGACGGCAGAAGUGGCUACGGAAAAAGUGCUAGGAUUGUGGUGGUGCACUGAUAAGGAUACGUUCACGUUCAAGGUAGGAUGGACUCGCUACGACAAAGCGCUGCUGGAAGGACAACGACGUCCCACGAAGCGCGAAGUACUGAGGGUACUCAUGUCAAUCUUCGAUCCUCUUGGUUUGAUUGCUCACUUUCUCAUCUACCUGAAGGUCAUACUGCAGGAAAUAUGGCGCUCAGGAGCCCAAUGGGAUGAGGAGAUUAACGACGAAUUGUUUUUGAAGUGGCACACCUGGUUGCGUGUGCUACCUGAAGUCGAAAGCGUACAAAUACCUCGAUGUUAUCACGCUCAGGAGUUCUCCGAUCGCGUAACAGAGCUGCAUACGUUUGUCGACGCCAGUGAAAAUGGAUUCGCUGCCGUUUCGUAUCUUCGAUUCUCCGACGGCAAAGAGGUGGAAUGUACUCUCGUGGCAGCAAAAUCCCGAGUCGCUCCUUUGAAAUUUCAGUCGAUCCCCAGGCUGGAGCUGCAAGCCGCAGUUCUCGGUGCAAGGCUAGCACAAACCAUCGCAGAAUCCUUGACCAUCAGAGUAGCACGACGCUGCUGGUGGACCGAUUCCCGAGAUGUACUGUGUUGGAUCAACUCGGACCACCGUAGGUUCACACCGUUCGUGGCGCACCGAGUUAGUGAGCUCCUCGAUACUACGGAAGCAACUGAGUGGCGCUGGGUACCAACGAAAGAAAAUGUUGCAGACGACGCCACGAAGUGGCAGGGGCGACCGGACUUGAGUGUUGGUAGCAGGUGGUUCAACGGUCCCAAAUUUCUCUGGCGGAGUGAAGCUGACUGGCCACAGCAAACGAAUGUGAACAAGUCAACGCAAGAAGAACUGCGAUCCCAUCUAGUCGCACACGUCUCGACAUCGUCACCGGCGCUAUGCGUUACCGAUUAUUCCAGCUGGAAACAUCUAGUCAACGUAGUCGGACUCCUCUUCCGCUUCCUGACCAACUGUCGCCGUAGGAUCAUGCAUCAACCUAGUCGCACUGGUCCACUGUAUAUGGAGGAGAUACGUGCAGCUGAAGAGAGUGUUAUACGCCAAGCCCAACAGGAUACUUUCGCUGAGGAGAUUGCUGCCAUAUUUCAAGGAAAGCCGUUACCACGAAGCAGCCCGCUGUUCAAAUCAUCUCCGUUCAUCGACGAUAGCGGGAUCUUGCGUAUGCGCGGACGCACAUCUUGCUGCCGCUUCAUCACCGACGAAGCGAAGAACCCGAUAAUUUUACCCCGUGACCACCACGUGACCACAUUGAUCAUCACCCACUAUCAUGUCAAAUACCACCACCUCAACCAAGAAACCGUAGUCAACGAGCUGAGACAGAAGUACUCCAUUCCACGAAUCCGCGUUUGCUGUGCCAAGGUCAGAAGAAACUGCCAGCGUUGUAAAAACGAUCGAGCUGUGCCGAAUCCUCCGAUUAUGGCUGACCUCCCUGAGGCAAGAUUAGCAGCGCAUUCUCGACCAUUCACCCACGUAGGAAUCGACUACUUCGGUCCCAUGGAGGUCACUGUUGGCAGGAGGGUUGAAAAACGGUGGGGAAUGCUAGCCACUUGCAUGACCACGCGAGCAGUGUACAUUGAAGUCGCACACUCUCUCAGUACAGAUUCAUGCGUGAUGGCCAUCCGCAAUCUGAUUGCCCGUCGCGGAGUUCCACGCUACAUAUACUGCGACCGUGGAACCAACUUUGUGGGCGCAAACAAUGAGCUAGGUCGGGUGGUACGAGAGCUCGAUCAUGAAGCAAUGAUGAAGGAGUUCGUCAGCUCCGAAACUACCUGGUCCUUUAAUCCACCAUCGUCACCACACAUGGGUGGGAGCUGGGAGCGCCUGAUCCGCAGUGUGAAGACCAGCCUCAAGUCUCUAAACUUGCCUCGACGUCCAUCGGACGAAGUAUUGCGCAACGCAUUAGCCGAGAUCGAGAACACACUGAACUCGAGACCACUUACGCAUGUUCCGAUCGAAGACAACGCCGCCCCAGCUCUCACACCCAAUCACAUCCUUCUGGGAAGCUCAAACGGAGCCAAACCGCUCACCACACUUGAUGAUAGCGGUGCCGCAGUGCGUCAGUGUUGGCGUGCUUCGCAAAUCAUCGCCAACCAGUUCUGGAGACGUUGGGUAGCUGAGUACCUACCGGAGAUUACGCGUAGGACUAAAUGGUACGCUUCCAGUAUGCUACCGGUAAAAAUCGGCGACGUAGUCGUCAUAGUGGACCCUAACCAUCCUCGCAACUGUUGGCCCAAAGGAAGAGUGAUUGCGACACGCCCCGGACGAGAUGGAGAGGUGAGAUCGGCGACAAUUCGAACCGCCACUGGUGUAUACGAACGACCGGUGGUUAAGCUAGCCGUAUUGGACAUCAGACGCGACGAGAUGUAG